AUGUCUUCCGCGAUUCCCAUCUUCGACGUCACCGGUGUCGUACCGCACCGCGACCCGCGCACCAUGAACUGGCCACUAGCCGGCAACAUACCGUUUCUGUUCACCACAAUCAUCGCCUACGUCUAUAUAGUCAAGUUCGGAGGGCCCCGCUUCAUGAAGAACCGCAAGCCGUGCGACGCCAUCAAGCCCAUCAUGCUCGUCUACAAUCUUGCCAUGGUCCUCUUGAGCGCCUACUUUGGCAUUAAGAUCCUGACCAGAUCCUAUCUGGGCGGCGGCUAUCAGUUCACUUGCCAGGGCAUCAACUUCGAAGCAAAAGACAAGAUGACGAUGGAGUUCCUGGAGCUCUGCUGGUGGUACCUCUGGGUGAGGAUAGGUGACUUGCUGGACACCGUGUUCUUCGUGCUCCGCAAGAAGGACUCCCACGUGUCCUUCCUGCAUGUCACUCAUCACAUCCUCGUUGUCUUCAACGGCUGGUACGGUCUGGCGUACGGCUUCGACGGACACGUCGCUCUAAGCAUAAUCCUCAACUCCAUCAUUCACACUAUCAUGUACUCCUACUACUUCCUAUCACUACUGGGGCCCGCCGUGGGCCGCCACCUUUGGUGGAAGCGCUACGUCACUCAGCUCCAGCUGCUCCAGUUCAUCGUCAUCUUUGCCCAUGUCCUGUUCGCGCACUUCAAGGACUGUGGCUACCCGAAACUCCACUUGAUUAUUGUUGAACUGGAGAUAGUCUUUUUCUUCGUCAUGUUUGUACGCUUUUACAUCAAGGUUUACGGAAGCUGGCGGAACGCUCGCAAACUGCCCACGUCUAUGAGCAAAGAAGAGUAA